CAGCUGUGGUCAAAGAGCAACGUGGUAGUAGAGCAGGACUGUGGUGCAACGCUGUUGAUGUGAGAAGAUCCUGAACUGUUGUGCAUUUCGUGGACAUGGAGCUGACAGCAGAAAACCACUCUGUGAGCCUGAGUGAUGGAAACAGCAUGCCUCUGAUAGGACUGGGGACCUAUGCCAACCCCCGCGAGACUCCUGAAGGAACCGCGUAUGAGGCCGUCAGACUGGCCAUCGAGACGGGAUACAGGCACAUCGACGGAGCGCUGGUCUACUUCAACGAGCACGAGGUGGGGAAAGCCAUCAGGGACAAGAUCGCAGACGGAACUGUGAAGAGAGAGGAGAUCUUCUACUGUGGGAAGUUGUGGAACACUUUUCACCCCCCAGAGUUGGUGCGACCUGCUUUGGAGAGAACCCUGGAGACACUGCAGCUGGAUUAUGUCGACCUUUACAUUGUAGAGAUGCCGACAGCCUUCCAGCCAGGAGACACUUUCUACCCUACAGAUGCAAAUGGGAAACACAUUUAUCAUAAAACGGACCUCUGUGCUACAUGGGAGGCAAUGGAAGCCUGCAAAGAUGCUGGACUUGUGAAAUCUCUUGGAGUUUCAAACUUCAACAAGCGACAACUGGAGUUGAUACUCAACAAACCGGGACUGAAACAUAAACCUGUGUCCAAUCAGGUGGAAUGCCACCCUUAUUUCACCCAGCCGAAGCUGCUGGAGUACUGCAGACAUAAGGAUAUCGUCAUUGUUGGUUACAGCCCCCUGGGAACAUCGAGAGAUCCGUCCUGGGUCAAUUUAAAAUGCCCACCACUGUUAGAGGACGAACUCCUGACAUCAAUUGCGAAAAAGCACAAAAAGACGACAGCCCAGGUGGCCUUGAGGUUUAAUGUCCAGAAAGGAGUGGUGGUCAUCCCAAAGAGCUUCAACCCGAAACGGAUAAAGGAGAACUUUGAUAUAUUUGACUUCUCCCUCUCUGAGGCUGAAAUGAAGGACAUUGAAGGGUUGAACAAAAACAUUCGUUUUGUGGAGCUCCUCAUGUGGGCUGAUCAUCCAGAGUAUCCGUUUCACGACGACUAUUAGACAUGACCUGGUGUGAAUUUGAUGAAGAAAAGAAUAAUUCAUCUGAAUUUUCACUUUGUUUUAUUCCAGAUAUAUUUACAUUGACACAUUGACAAUUUUCAAAAAUUUAACCUUAAAUUAAUAUGGUUUAAUUUAACCAAAGUAGGCUGGCAUUAUCCAUAAUAUAAUACUGCUCCAUGUAAUCAUGAUCAUGUGUCACUUUUUUAAUUCAUGUUUUUGAUUUAGAUGAACAUUUAUUAUUUGGAAGAUGAUUUAAAUUACAUCAUGAAAAUUAAGUGAAGUUUUUUAUACAUUGUUUCAUAUUAGAAAAUGCCUCCUGGCUGUAGUUUUUUUUUUUUUUUUUUUUUAGACCAUUUGAAAGUCUUUUGAUUUGUCUUUUAAAUGGUGACAUAUUGAGGAACAUGCAACUGGGCAAUUAGCAUCAGAGAGGAUUUAGAGGUCAUUUUUUGAAUGUGUCCAAACUACUUGCCCAGCUCUACAGCUCAUUCCACAAAUACAUUUUCCCUAUGAAUUCUGCACUUUUCAAAACUGUAUUUUUUCCUAACUGUUUAAUGAACAAAGGCAUUGAUCAACAAAAGAAAUUGUCAAUGAACACAAAUUUUUGUACUUUUGUGUGCAUUAUCAGCAUCUUCAAUGUACUUUUCGAACACUACAGUGUUUCUCAAUGCAACUCUGUUUUACAGUAAAUGGUAUUAAAUAUUGCAUUUAUAUGAUCUUUUAAUGGAACUGUAUUUAAAUAAAAUGAGUUUUAAACACAAACGGA